CAACCCAUACAGGCAACAAAGGCAAGCAUUGAUUGCCAAGCUUUUGGUGGGGAGCCCCACAAGCUUGGCAAUCAACCUAAUAAUGGUGUCAAUUAUUCUAGGUCAGGGAGUGACACACCAUUUACUGGAAGAGAGGGUUAGAGGAGAACAGCUCCGUGAUUCUAUCAGGUCUGGGCUGUGAGAUGUCAGCAUCUUCUCCAUGCUUGGGAACACAGGAUACUGAGGGGAAAGAAGAAUGAAAGCAGUUUGAGAUUAAAGAGGUGGGCAAAUUGGUGUUUGAGAGAUUAAGAGGACGUUUAGGUCUACCAACUGGUGGUUAGGAGAUAGAACACCUUAAAAAUCCUCAUCACCGACUCCCAAGAAGCCAUUGGGAAAGAACCUCCUUUGAGGACUCACGGGUUAGGAAAAAGAGCAAGAUAGGGUAAUCUCGCGUGCAAGAUGGGGUUUUGAGGUCUUGUGAUGGUAGUUUGAUAUGAGAAAGAGAGGGCGGAUGUUUAAACUGGUCGUUAAUUUGAUAGUAGCAAUUGAAGAUGGUGAUAUAGGUGACGAGAUGGUUUAGAAAAGAUGCAUCAUGAGGGCAGAAGAACAAAGGGGGAAGCUUUGCGUCUUUUGAAUUGAGGACUUGGGAUUCUUCUUGGUCGGUCGGCUUCGGCUUCGGCUUCAUGCUUUCUUCUUCCCCAUGAGGAACGCAGACAGCAGCGGCUGUCGCCCUUCCCCUCUUCCUUUGACCCUUCUCUAUCUCAGGACUGUUGCAGCAUAAUUCAUUUCUUCUGAAGGAGCAUGAACUUUCUGCAGAGGAGUUCCUUCAGAUUCCCAUGACUAAGGCAGUUACUAUUUUGUAGCCGAAAUAUUGCACUGAUCCGUCAUACUGUCAUUUCUGAAGAUCUUGCCCUGUUUAAGAUCAAGGAAUAUAAAAAUGUCUACUUUCUGUUCAAUAUCUAGUGACCAAAGUGGAACCUCUCCAGAUCUUGGCCUGAGGGAUCCAGGGCACGCUUCAUAUUCUGAAUCACCAGGUCCUGGCAACAUGAUGUACCUUAGCUUCUUGAAUUCUGGUCCGUAUAGAGAUGCAGUAGCUGGCGGUGCUCAAACCCAUCAGAAUCACAUUGAACUUCCUGUUGCCACCACCAUCAUUUCACCAGACUUGACUACAGGGAAUUCUGUUAUGGUCCCCUCGUGUCUUGGCAACCAUGCUAAUAAUGCUUGGAAGAAUGGAAGAAGUGAGAUGUUAUUUAUGCAGACAGAUAGAGGUUCCAUACUUGGAACAGAUGAUCUACUUCAUGCUGCUGAUCCUCAGACGAGUGUGCAGACACAGCUUAGCAUCAUACAUGGACUAAGCUUAUCAUUGCAACACUCAAAUGUUACACUGCAAAAUCAAGGUUUAUCACUUAGCCUUAGCACACAGAUGCCAGUUCCUUCAAUUCAGUAUCCAUCUACUACCUCAAAUAUCCCCUUCUUUGAUUCUAAUCAGUCAACUUCUGGAAAUGUUGGUUCAUUCAGGGAGGAACACUUUCAAACCAGAAAUUUUCAUGAUAAUGCCUCCCCUAAUGGACUAACAAGUCUUACAAGGUUGAUUCCAAAUUCUAAAUAUCUUCGGGCAGCACAAGAAUUACUUGACGAAGUUGUUAAUGUCAGGAAGGCUUUGAAGCAAAAAACAGAUAAAAGCCAAAGUCUUCCUACUUCUGCUGGUACUAUUACAUUUAAGGAUGGUAGUGGAGGAUCAAAAAAUGAAGGGCUGAUUUCAAACCCUCAAGAGGCCACUGUUAAUUGGUCUAGUGGGCUCUCACCUCUUGUAAAGCAGGACCUUCAAAACAAGGUCUCAAAUCUAUUGGGGAUGUUGGAUGAGAUUGAUAGAAGAUAUAAACAGUAUUACCAUCAGAUGCAGAUAAUAGUGUCAUAUUUUGAUGCAAUAGCUGGUUGUGGAACUGCUAAACCAUACACUGCACUUGCCUUUCAAACUAUUUCUUGUCAUUUUCGCUGCUUGAGAGAUGCCAUCAAUGGUCAAAUUCAAGCUACAAGGAAAAAUCUUGGAGAGGCAGACAACUCAAGUAGCAAGAGUGGUUUGUUAUCUCGCCUUCGAAACAUAGACCAGAAAUUAAGGCAGCAGAGUGCCUUGCAGCAAUUUGGUUCAAUGCAACAGCAUACCUGGAGGCCACAGAGGGGUUUACCUGAGUCAUCUGUCUCAAUUCUUCGAGCUUGGCUGUUUGAGCACUUCCUUCAUCCGAUAAUAUGUUUUGCCAGCUACCCGAAGGAAUCUGAGAAGCUAAUACUUGCAAGACAGACAGGCUUGUCAAGAAGUCAGGUUACAAACUGGUUCAUAAAUGCACGCGUUCGCCUUUGGAAGCCUAUGAUCGAAGACAUGUACAAAGAAGAGAUUGGUGAUACUGAGAUUGACUCAAACUCUUCAGAAAAUCCACCAAAACUUAAAGAAGACUUUCAAUCGUCUGAAGAUCAUGAAGACUUGCAAAUGUAUGGAACUGGACGAUACCAAACAGGCCAGAUAAUCGACUCCUCAAGACCCAUUACCAUGAAUGUUGCUGAAGCAGCUGCCACUUUUCAGCAUGAAGCAUCUGCACAAGAUUCCUAUAAAUAUCUGAAGGCUAAUGAACAAAGGCCAAUUGGAGAAGAUUCCAGCUUCUUACAAGAUGUUAUUGGCCACCCGGACGGGAAAGGUAGGUUUUUGGCUUAUCAGAUGGCUUAGUUAGGUUGAUUUGGAUGUGGCAUGGUGUGCCUCACUCGGGGGCUGCAGCAUUGUGAUGUCGGCCUUCCUAUAUCAGACAAUCAGCACAGCUUUCUCACAGUGAAAGGGAACAAUGUUUUCGGCACAAAUUCUCCUUCUGGGCGCUGAUUACAAUUAUGCGAACAUGGGGGAUCGGCGACGCCUGUAUGGUCAACACAUUUGCUGCAUGUUUUUGUCACAAUAGUUGCUAUUUAAGUCUUGGAACCUGAAUAAUUUGUCCUGAGAUGCCUUCUAGGCAUUGUUGCAAUCUUAUAUAAGAGAGUGUGUUUAGUAUGGUAAACAAUGUAACAUAAAUAGGUGGUUAUCUGGUGGGAUUAUAGGGUAGCACAUUGUACAGAUAGAAGCAUAUUUUUGUGUAAUAUGAGACAAAGAACAUGUAAAAUUUCUUCCAAAUUAACUAUAAUGAGCUGUGUAUACUAUUUGGAUGGUUUUCAAGGCCAAGAAACAUGGGGGAAGUGUGGUACCCUAUUCAAA